AUACCCCUUUUUUUGUUCGGAUAAUUUUAGAUGCUUCCCAGGGUCUCUUCAAGUUUUCGUCUGUUGCUCGUCUGGGUGGUUUUGCUCACCUGCAUGUCAAUCACCGAGACCCUUGCGCACACGAACGCGUGAAUACGGCGCGUUCUCGAUUGAAACGAAGGCAUCACAACAUCAUCCUCGCCCCGGACCCAACAUGCAGAAAAAGUGCACCCGUCCAGGAUGUGGAAAGAGCUACAAAGAAACAGAGAAUGAGGAGGGAAGCUGCGUUUAUCAUGCGGCAAUGCCCAUUUUUCACGACGGCGUCAAAAGGUGGCCAUGCUGUGAUGCAGAGGCCUGGGACUGGACAGACUUCAUGGCCAUUAAAGGCUGUUCCUUCGGCAAGCAUACAGAUGUGAAACCUACCAGCCCCCCCCCGACAGCUGCUGCCACACCUGCGCCGACACAGCCUGCGGUGGUGAAAGACAUCGAAGAAUUCAACAAGCGGCAAAAGGAGGAAGAAGAGGCGAAGAAACGCCAGAAGGAAGCAGAAGCCGCAAAGCCUCAAACUCCUUUGGUGACUCCGGAGGGGAAUUACAAGUGCAGCAACAAGGGCUGCAACAAAGAAUAUUCGCCGAACGACAAUUCACCAACGGCAUGCAAAUUUCACCCAGGACAACCAGUUUUCCGGGAUUGCAUGAAGUCGUGGACGUGCUGUCAAGCGAAAAGUUACGACUGGGAUGAGUUCAUGAAAAUCGAACCCUGUCAGACAGGACCGCACGUCCCGAAAAUGUUUUGCCAGUCUUAGAGCCUAUAUUGACCGGGACACGUUCCAGAAGUAAGGGGCUCUUUUACGCUACGCCAACAGUAGAAGACGACACGAGCGAUCGAGAAGUGGUAUGAUUCCAUCGACGAAUAUUCAUAUCUCCACCUCUGUACAUUUCUAUUCAUGUGCGUUUUGAGCUACAAUUGUAAUUGUGUCAAGGAACACGCGUGCAGGUCCGUGCUUCUGUAGUGGAAGUGGGCUGAUCUGCUGAGGUACAGUGCCCGUGAAGAGACCAACGGAGGCAGACCUGCUUGCGACGCUUUUGGAUGCACAUGUAUCUUGACGCGUAGACAAUCCCAUACAUGUAAUGAAAAACGAAGAAACUUCACCUGUAGCUGACUGGUUCAAGGUCAUCUGUGACGUGCCACCAGUAGAGUAGCCUCUGUUGAGAUGAUUCGUUAUUGCGGAACAGUACACUAAUAUUGCGAACCUGC